UAUCGCGAGAGAGAGCCUCGGGGCGCCGCACGCCGACGGACGGAGCGGCGUUGCCACCUCUCUUCGUUCGCUGCACCGCGAGAAGCGGCGGCGAUACGGCAACCAAGAACACCGUCGUUGCCACGUCCGCUGCUACGUUCCGCUGCCAGCCGGGACGGCAGCUCGCUGCUGGCCACCACGACCAUCUCUCUCGCUACGCUGCUGUUUCAGAACCGAGUAGCGACAUGGAGGCAAAGGAGAGGGAGAAGCCACUGGUUAAAGACUUGAACGAACAUAUCGUGUGUCCUCUGUGCAGAGGCUACCUCAUAGAUGCUACAACCCUGAUGGAAUGUCUGCAUUCUUUUUGCAGAGGUUGCAUAGUCAGAAGAUUGAGCAGCGGUGCACGAGCAUGUCCCGUGUGCAAUGUCGCGACAACUCCGCCGCUUUUGCCUGACGUGAAGCUGCAACGACUGGUGUAUCUGGUGGUACCGGGUCUCUUUCGGUCCGAGCUCGAGCGAAGACGUCACUUCCGUCUGGUGAACCCACAAUGCCCGCCUCUGGCCCUACCCUUGGGAGCCCUGGACUUAACCUUGGAUGAUUUCGUCAGCCUAAGCCUGUGCGAGCUCGACGAACCGGAAGAGGAGGCACAUGGUCAGCCAACGGAAAAUCGUACCGGGUCACGACACCGAAACAAUGUUGAAUCGCAAGCGAAACACGAAGACGCUAUACGCGUUAGAAGCACCAGAUAUCUCAAGUGUCCUGCAGGAGUAACUGUUCGACACCUUGUGCGACUGUUAAUGCUAAAGAGAGGCUGGGAAGAAGCUAACUCUCAAGGAACGAACAACAGGAUCGAAAUGCUGUGCGAGAAGAACAACGAGCAACGACGAGGUGGCACGAAGAUGAUGCUCCUGGAUCAAUCCUGGACUCUGUUAGACCUAGCCUGCAUAUUCGGUUGGAAGAGGGAAGCACCCAUGAAGCUGUUUUAUCGCGUGGUACGUAAAGAGGAUACCGAUCCGAUGUCGAGAUUGAGUUCUUACGACGAUGGGACGAGCAAGGAUGUCACGACCAUGGAGAACAUCCAAAGACCGCCAACUCCUCCGCCGAGUCCAAAACCAGCCCAAGAAUGCGAAGUGGAGGCUCGUAGGAUUUUAGAAAGUAGUAGCGAGCCGCCUCGAUCCUUGGAAGCGAAUUUGGAACGCGACAAAGAGUCAAAGGCGAAGAAACCCCGAUGCGAGGUGACGCCCGUCAUGAGAACUCCCGACCUCGUGCCGAUACAAAGUAGCCACACUGCAGAAAGCUCGAAGAGCAAAGAGUUGACGCGAUUAGAGCACCGAAAGCGUAGAAAACGACGGAACAAACGAGUAAUCGCCGAAAUCACCACCACGCCGAGGGAGGAUCUGUUGAAGUUGAAGGUUCGAUUAACGCCGUGUCCACCGAGGAUCACGUCGAGUACCAGCAGUGGCCAAACCAAGGAGAAGUUGCUGCAGAUGAGAGCAGUUAGAAGGGAGAAGAUCAAAGUUAGUCAACGAACGUCGAGUUCCUCGAUUCGAGAUGAAACCGGUACGAAGGAGAACUUGGGUGAUACCGAAGAGACUAUAGAGGAAAUCAUAGACAGCAUACCGGACGAGGUUGUCAGAAUCGCGCAGAAUAUAAGUACCCAAGGAGAGGAAGCAUCCUCGGCUACGACGGACAGAACCGAUCAGAGAAACGCGACUUCGAAAUGUAGGUCUACAACCAAGAAAGAGGAAACCGAACCGGAAACCGUUAAAGCAGCGGAGCAAGUUGAGACGGAUCGUCCGAAGAAAGACGAGGAGAUCCUUCGACGAUUGGGUCUGGUAGCUGUGAACAAGACAGGUGAGAAUUUCCAGGAUAAAACCAAACAGCGCGUUCAAAACAACAGCGAGAAGGGACUGGACCGGGAGAAACUGGAGAAACAAUUGCGCGAAAGCAAAGCUAACCGAGUGAGAAGUUUACUAGCAGAAAAACAGAUGCGCGACGCGUUGAAGAGCAUAAUGUCUAAAACGAAGGACCAUCCAUCCCCUGUUCAGACAACGACAGGCCCAAAGAAGAAGGGACCGCCACCACUGGCGCCUCUGCGCGUCGCGAAACCUUCGGGUUUCGCCGCAUCGAGCGCCAUUUUAGAAGCGAACACUUCCAAAUAUGAGAUCCCAUUGGACCUGAGCAGUGGUGGAGCUGUGCACAACAACGUCCUCGAUCUAUCGGCCAAUUUGACCACCGGUAAUUUCACCUCGUCUCCAUCUUCAUCCUCGUCCUCCUCACCAUCCUCCUCUUCGUCCUCUUCUUCUUCUUCUUCUUCCUCCUGUUCCGUACCCUCCUUGAAUCCCAGACCAACGCGUCCAGCGAUCUCUUCGGGAAACCUACUAAGAGGGAAGACGAAGGACUCGGAACAACGACGAGGUCAAGAUUCUAAUCUGGUAACGCUUUCUGACGCAGCUGUGUCUCUGCUAAGCAUCGACAAGAACGCGGUCGAUCCACUGGUGCUGGCUUCGACCAGCAUCGCCAGCAAGGUGGCUCUGCGAAUACCGCAGCCUCAUCAAAGAAUCUCUGGUUUUGGGAUGAAGAUUAAACCGAAUCUGGGUAUCAGACAUAUCCCUAAUCCUCAAGCGGUGGUCGCCUCGCAGUACAGGAAUCAAAGGGUCAGUUACUUUAACACUGCCUCGCAACAACCACCCUAAGCAGGGACGUGUUCUCGAUCCACUGUCUAUCUAUUCGAACGACGGGUUUUUCUUUUCCAAUUAUUUACUUCUACAGGCGUCAGCCAUGUUAGGGAAAGAAUAUUCUUUGACGAUUCGAAUAGAUUGCGGAAGAAUAUCUUUCUCCUUACACUUCUUUGCUAGUUGUUUACGCGUAAAAAUACAGAAACAAGAUUCCUAUGUGAACUAACCCAAAGGCUGUACGUUACCAUAUACAUACAUAUUUUCUCCUGCUUCCUAAAACGUUUCGUGAAACUCGAGCGACUUUCGCGUGGGUGCGAAGAGACACGCGGGUACACCCGGUAGCAUAAACUAGAACGGCCACUCGGAAAGUGAAAGCGAAAGAACGAUUGCGACAUUUGAUACGGUAAGGGUACACGAAAUUCGUAUACUUUUCAAAACUGACCGGUAUUAACCCUUCGAACGGCGGACGCCGGGUCAAUAGGUGACCCAGACCUACUAGAGGUUCGAGGGUUAGUCUAGAUGAGAAAUUAAGGUUUCCGUGUGUCUUUAUCCACGAACGAAAAAGAAACGAUAGCGGCAUCCAAAACCGUUGUUACCUAGAUGUACUAAGACUACGUAUGUUUGUAAUGCAUGUAUACGUGUUUAUGAUCAACCAUUAACCCUUUGCCUUAAUAUGGAGCCUCACAUUACGUCUGCAAUGAUUAAAAUUUUAAUUAAUAAAAUUGAGAGUUUCCAAGGGAACGUUAUAUCAAAUAUUUCACUUCCCUUUUUACAUACAGUUUACUUUAACGUACUCGGUCAGCAAGUAAGGCAAAGGGGUUAAACGCAAAUCGUCGUGCUAGAGUUAACUAACUAAUUUUCGAGAAGAGGCAAUUUGGCGAACGAUUCUAUCGGCCAUGAUACCACGGUUGACAGAGAUAUAUUGGACGUAAUAUAAGUCAUAGGGGUUGUAGAGAGAAUAGUUGGGUGAAUGGUUAGGAUUAUGGUGGAUGGUUGACGGAUAAACUGUCUUGUCUCUCCUUUUUUUAGAAACUUAGCGAAACAUGUACUUCAUAGAGAUGCCAAAGAACGCCAGAGAACGUGUGCAAUGUAUUAGUGCAAUUUAAUUAUCGUCUAUUAUAAUAUACAUACAUAUACAUAUAUUAUAUAUUGAUCGCAGUAUAAGACCGAUUCAACUCGUGGCAAAGGAUUAAUAUCUAUUAGUCCGAGCGGUUAAUAGCGUACGAAUCGGAUGAACGACGGUUUCGAACAGUCCCUCAACUAAUUAUAGAAGAUAAUUAUUAAACUCGAUGUUGCGGAAAGCUUUGCAAAAGCUUUCGUUCAAUUGGGAGGUCUUAAAAUGCACGCACGAGGUUUUUAUUUUAUAAAAACGUAAAAACUCGCGUAGCUAUUAUUAUUAUCGAUUUGAGAAUGAUACGUGGGGUGUCGUGUGACUGCUGGUACGAGCUCAAAGAUGGCAAUCCUGCGAGGAGGAUACAAUUGAAAAAUUGUGAAAUAAAGAUUCUCUUACGAAAGGGCACAGUUAGCGAGAUUUCUAACACUUUUUAAGUUAAUAAAAUAACAUUGUUAAAAAAUUAGUGUCUCUCUUUUCUUAUCCAAUUUUUUCCCUCGUACUACCAGUUACACGACACUCUUUAUUGUAAUCUAGGAUCGAAAUCUAAGAAAAGAACACGUUUACCAGGAAUCCAGAUCUUACUCGAACGAUCUUAAUGAUUAUAAAACAGUAUGCACAUCGAUCGGAGCGUACGCAUUGCGUAAAGAGAGUAUGAUAAUUAUCGAAUAAGAGUCAAGGUGGAUAUGCAAACAGAUUGUAAAACGAAUCGACGUGAUGAAAAUACAUAUGAAAAUGAAGAGAUCAAAUGAAACUGCAUUAUACAUAAUGAUAUGAAUAUAGUACGUGUAAGGAAGCAACGCGUUGAGUAAGUUGGUGCUGAAGGUUUGUCGUACAUUUGCAUCGAAAUUGAGUAAUUAGGAAAAUUGAGCAAAGGUUAUUGAUUAACUCCCUACGCUACGUUCAGAGUCCAUUGAAAUUAUUACACAUACGAAAAGCCUUUUGCACCAUGUAUGAAAUAAUUAUAAUAUCCAGUUACUCCAAUUUUUAUUCAUACACAUGCGAAGCCAAAUGUAAACGCAUGAACGAAACAAGAGAGAUCCACGAAACCGGACGUUUCAAUUAAUAACGAAUUUGUGUCAAUUAGUUUCCUGGUUACACGAUAUCGAAGAGGAACCAAGCGAUUUCGAGUAUGCUGAAAAUCAAAAACUGCCAUUUUAGGAAAAACGAGGACUGCUCGUUAGAAUUUUAAUGGUGAAUUUAAAGGAAAAAAAAAAACUAAAAGGGACCCAGAUUUUUACGGCAUUGUUAUUUUUCUACAGCGUUUUUAAACGAAAUCGACUUACGUUCUAUCGUCACGAUCGAUCAUAAUUUAUUCGUUGAUCCACCGAUUAUGGAAUAUCUAUGUUGAAGAAGUAGUAAGACGACGUUUAUUGGAGGUGGUGGUUAAUAAAAUAUAACCACGAGAAAUAUAUUAAUCCUUUGCAGUCUAAACGUGUCUCUGAUACUAUUACCUAUAAUGUCUGUGAAAUAUGAAACGAUCAGAAAAUUUUCUAACAUCCUUAGCUUCAUUAUUAUUUUAUCCCCCAAAGGAUUCUCUGUGAUAUUCCAUACAUUAAUUCGACGUAAGUUGGAUGGAUAAAUGGACCGCAAACGGUUAAUAUUAGAUUUGUUUCAAAAAUGAACUUUAACCCUUAAAUCGGUAUUCCUUUGAAUAUUUAAAUUGGAUAUUUGGUCGAAGGAUUAAUCUAUUGUUGAAAAUAAUAUCCGUGUACUUCCUUGUUAAUACCUUACCUCCGGUUCUCGGAUACCAUAAACACUAUUUACCGAAAUUUUUAUACUUCGAUUGAAUUGUAAAUGAAUCGUUAACCAUCAUAGUCUAUAAAUAGAUUUCCAGUCGGUAAGGUGUUAACAAUACAAGCGAUAUAAAUCAUUUCUAAAAUUAUAGAUUCUCAAAGACUUUAACGCCUACGUACUUCAGUGUCUACGAUGUAACGAGGGAUCAAGAAUUCUUUCGAUCGACAAGUUACUUCCUACGUUGUCUCUUCGCUUGUUAACAUUGUAACAUACACGAAGAACAUUUGCGCCCAACUGUGGCGAUUUUAUGGACGUUUCUUUAAACCUUUAUAUCUAACGUAUCGUAAGCGUAGAAUGCCAAAAAGAAAGAAAAAGAAACAAAUUAAGAUUGUCAUAAGAGCGAUCGUUGAAAUCGUAUCUAUAAAUCAUCAAGCUUUAUGCGAAUGUUUUAGAUUAAAAAAGUUAUUGAAAUUGUAUGUAAAAGUUCAUGUUGUUUUCGUUCGAUUGUCGCCAAGACGAUCAUCUAAGAUAUAUAGUUACAUUAAUUUUUGUUUGAGAAAUUUUAGGAAUCGUAAUGAUAAGCGUGAGAUACCGGUUAUGCUUCGAAAGCAUUGUCGUGAUCAAUUCGCGACAUAGAAUGCAACUAAUUAUACAGUUACUAUGAAUAUUAUUGCCCAUGAUUACCCCAUAUUUAACGCAAUACAGUAUUUCUAUGAUAAGCAAACUGUGAGUUAUAAUCGAGAUAAGAAUGUCAAUAAGCAUUGAAGAUACAAUGAUUCAAAUGUGUUAAGCCGUCUUUGUUCCCGUAUUUGAUUUGAGUUCUUGUUUAAUAUGUUACAAAGAACGGUCCUAAAGUUAUGACGAAUUUGCUUGAUUAAAAUCAAAAUCAGAACAGAAGAGAAAUCGCAAAUUAUCAUACGUGUUAUGUUAUUACGUAUUCGAUACGAAUAAUCGUUCGAGUAUCUAAUUAUCCUAAUUAUCAUUUUGUUUGGAAACUACCCCGCUACGUCUUGUUGAUGAACAGUAAUCGGGGCAACAUUUGUUAUUCCUAAUUAACUAGCGUGUUUAUUUUGUUAACAUUGUUUUUAAACAUGAUUACAUCCACUGUACGAUCAUUGCUCGGCAAUAAAUCAUGUGUAUAAUCACA